CCGCCUCCACCGUACGAGCCAGACGAACAUGCCCCACAGUUGGUCAUUGGAGGUACGACGACGACAACUACCCACGUCGUAACGACAACAACACAGACAACUACGAGUUUCUUUUCUCUUCCGCUCUGGAGAAGGCGUCCGCCGGCGGCGUCCACCGUGUUCGCGCGACGUAGUAUGUCGGGGAUGGAUGCAGACGAGAGUGGCGCACUAGGUCGUAUGUCCAACAUCUCAAUGCCCAUGCUGAACAAAGAUCUUCCCCCGACCCCUACAUCAUCAGAUGACGAUCUUCUAGCUCCUAGUAACGAGGGAACAUCUGACUUUACUCAUCCUCGAGAUCGGGCGCUCUCAUCAAAAUCGUCAUCCCCUCACCCGUCUCCGCAGCCUACAGUCGUACUUGCCCAAGCUGCACUAGGGAUCGGACUUCCUCAUGUCAUGCCUCGAGCGUCGACUUCUUCGUCCAGAUCUGAGGGAAACACUCUCGCCUUCAUGAAUAUCUCUCAACACGAGGGCCAUCGUGAUUUGAAAGUUCGGCGUGUCAAGAGUUCUCAGAAGCUUUCUGUGCAUUCGUCUGCAGAAAAUCUUUCACCUGCAGAUCCCAGAGGCCGGAGACGAACGCGGGGCAUCUCACUUGGUACAACUGUGUUGCAGGAUGCGGCCAUCGAUUCCAAGGGUAAAGGCAAGGAGGAGGAGCCUGCUCCUGAUUCUACACUCCCCAGGAAAAGUCUUGCUCGCCGUGCUUCCUUCUGGAAUCGCAAGAGGAAUGAGUCUAUGAAACUUCAACCAGAACCCGCGACUCAACACUCGCUUCCUUUCUUACCCCCUGUAUCCCCGUUUCGCAUGGACACAAAUAUAGACCCCCUUUCUGCGUCGUCCUCUCAAGAUCAUCCCUCAUUAAGACCUCCACCAGGAUUAAUCCGUCGUCAUUCGGCGAGCAACUCACCUUCACCUUCACCGGGACUUCCUCAUGAAGUACCGGAUAACGUGGCGCCAUUCACAAUACCCGAGCCAUCCACAGGUAAACGUUACUUGCGUCGACCCUCCACAGCGGACUCCGCUCGGAGCCGUGCACAUUCAUUAUUUAUUGAUUCUUUACCUUCAUCAUUUCAUGCACCGGCGUCUCUACCUCCGACCCCUGAGGCCCCGUCAAAGCCUUCACAUCCUCACCCUAGACAGCGCGCUCAGACCAAUCCGCCUCUACUCCACCGGCUCUCCGUUAAUCUUCUUUCAUUCACGUCAUCAUCUCCGAGCCCAUCAACUUUUGGGCUCAAUGCCACGACGCAGUCUCCCACAGCAUCCCCCCGCCCCUCGAUAUCCCAACCUCUGGUAGAUGUUCCCAAGCCGAACAGAACUGAAGAAACUCCUGAAGUUUAUUUAUCUCGUCUCACCAAUGCUGUGAGCAAGGCAGAAGUGGCCACCGUUUUGGCCUCGAGUGGCGAUAGCUUCCAUCUUCGAGCUCUGCGAGUGUACAUUGACCGAUUCGAAUUUGAGGGUGAUCCACUAGAUGUGGCUCUGCGGAAGCUACUCAUGGAUGUCGGUCUUCCGAGGGAAACCCAACAGAUCGAUCGAGUCAUGGAAGCCUUCGCAGCUAGAUACCGUCAAUGUAAUCCAUCUUUGUUCGUCUCUGAUGAUCAUCCAUACAUCUUAGCCUUCAGCUUGAUCAUGCUCCAUACCGACGCAUUCAACAAGUCGAAUAAGCGCAAAAUGACAAGACCGGAUUACAUCAAGAAUACACGAUUACCUGGAGUUGCGCCUGAGGUCCUGGAGUGUUUCUAUGAUAACAUUGUCUUCGCUCCUUUCAUCUUUAUUGAAGAUCCCUUAGAUGUCAAUGGGCAACGCGGGUUGACCUCAGACAUCACACCAUCCCGCGCGCUUCCUGGCAUGACCUCUCAACCUUCAUUGCCUGUCAGUGGCGGUGCCGUCACCCUUCUUGGAAAGAGCACCAAAAUAGACCCGUAUUACUUGAUCACUAAUAAUCUUCUCGGUCCGCUUCGGGUCAACGUAGCCGCCUAUGUUCCACCACAGAACCCGUAUACCUCUACUGGAACGGGUGGUGCUUGGGACGAGCUGGAGCUUCGUCGGGCAUUUGCUAAAGCCGGGGUCAUUGAAGUUGGCCCGAUGGAUAAUCGCAGAAUGUCCACUGCCUUUCUUUCCCUGAGUAUUGGCGGCUUCCCCGCACCAUAUCCUAUUUUGGGUCUCCCGGACGGCUUACUUCCUCCAUCCGACUCAUCCGACUCAUCGAUGCUGAAGGUGACCAAAGUUGGUCUGCUUAGCCGCAAAGAUGUUUCAACGGAAGGGGGAAAGAGAGUCUUGACCAAGAAAUGGAGACCUUGGAGUGUUAUCCUGACUGGCUCUCAGCUCUUGUUUUUCCGAGAUCUCACGUGGGCGCCGAACUUAUUGGAACAAGCCAAGUCGAGUGAUGGUCAAUUGUCCUCACCGGCUUCCCUCUUCAAACCCGAUGAACUGCUUACGGUCAGAGAUGCUAUCGCUGUCUAUGAUAAAUCUUACGACAAGUCCGAUCAUACCUUUCGUUUCGUCAUGGGAGACGGUCGCCAAUUCCUUCUACAAUCUACCGACGAACAGGAUAUGAACGAAUGGAUAUCGCGGAUCAAUUAUGCAAGCGCGUUCAAGACCAAUGGCAUCCGUAUGCGACCUGUAGGGAUGUCAGGCAAGGACGUUGAGCUCAUGGGGGUAGCCGCUGCCGCGUCUUAUUUGCGGGAGAUGCAAACUCCCCAGAUCAAGACUCUUACGUCCACUGUCCAUACCUUCGACAACCGAAGUUCAGCAGAAUUCCUGAACCGCUUGCCUAGUUCGCCUAGCUCCUCCUUCAGUCCUAAUAAAUUGCGCAAAGUCAAAGCUGUCAGUGGUCGAAGUGACAUGGACCUGGAAGUCUCUGCUGCUCCAGCGAUCGAUGGGGCCUCACAAUUUGUGGCUACAUUCGAUCAGGUCAAGGCUGACUUGGCUGCUGGUCGGUGGAGUAUUGUUGACGAUUUGCCCCUACGGACUGAUAUCCGACCGCGCGCACAUAGCUUGGAAUUGCCGUUGCGGCCCAUCCUGGCUACUUCGGACGAAGGUGAUACCUCAAAAUCCUCUUCACGGACACAGAUCAUGCGAUCUAAGCUCCGAGAUAUGGAAUCCCGAAUGGCUGCGACUCAGUCACAGCUGGACUCUGACCUUCGGUUCGUGCGCAAUAUCGCCACGCUCACGCCGUUCCAGCGGACAACUCGGGAUCGGUUAGAUGGUGCUGUUCAAAAUGUGGCGAAACGGAUCAAGCAGGCGCGGUUGGACAUCGUAAAAUUUAUGUGUCAUCGAGACAUCAUGAACAGCGAUAUUCUGGCAGAGGAACGGGACUGGUAUCGGACAAAGACUAUUGCACUCAAAGCCGCGACGGAAUCGCUACACAGUCGGCGCGAUCCGAGUGUUCCGAGAAUGACCUUGUCUCUUCACCUCGAUGAUCAGGAUCAUCUCAGUACUUCUCCGCGGGACAUUCCAAGUUCCGCUACUGACACACAUUCCCGCCGUCCUGAAUCCUCCACUGGCGAGUCUUUUCAUUCUGCCCUCGACUUCGAAUGGUCAACCACCACACCGGACGACGCGGCGGGCUCUGGCCUCAACUCACCGCUGGCGGACUCUCCUCUUAUGACUCCUCUGACCGAAGACGGGAGUCACAACGCGUCGAGCUCAUACCCAUUCCUGCAAAGCGAUAGUUCAGCUACGUCAACUGCCAGAUCAUCACUUGAUCCGAGACAUCUUUACCGCCAAUCAAGCCAGUCAUCUACGGUGGAUGGUCUUGCGCAUCCGUUACACGAGAGGUUUGUCACAGCACCCGAGAUGCCCGAAGAGGAGGCAGAAGAGUGGAACAGGACUCGCGCAGCAAAGAGGGUGUCGUUGGUCAGAAUGCCAUCACAGCUCAGGCUAUCUGUUCCUUUCGCACGUUCGGGGGAGUCCGUGCAAGAGUCCUCGAGGGUCGCACUGACUUCCCAUCCCAUCAACGAGACCUAAUCCUCUUUGUGCUUCUCAGGGUUUCUCCCACAUGCCUUCGCGCAUUGGACAUAAUAUUUUUCACUGUGCCAUUCUUUCACGUCCUGCUCACACUCCUUUCGGGUUCUUCUUCGCUCUUAUCAGUACUUGCCACAGAAUAUUUGGUAGCAGAUAUCAUGACUGUGUAUUUGUAACGCUUAUGGACACGCCAAUUCUAAUUUG